UCAUUAUAACUUUUCUAUAGCAGGCAUGAAAUUGUGGUUUCUCUUAACUGUUUGCGCGCUGGCUGGUUCAGUCAGCUCAAUGUCCAUUGGGGACAGAGCAGGACGCAUUAAUGGAGAAAAUGGAUGGUAUGUGCCCCAGGUGGAUGGCAGUCUCAUGUGGCUAAGCAUGUCUGAAGCGAAUGAGCAACUAUCUGCAUAUGAAACUCUCAAUGACCUUGAGAUCAAUGAACGAAUUUCCCUGAAUGCAGUUGACUUUUAUUUGUACACGCAACGUAAUCCCCACGAAGGACAGGCUAUAAAACCCAGCAAGGAGUCUAUUGAUGCCUCCAACUUUAACGCCUAUUAUCCUACCAGAAUUACCAUACAUGGCUGGAACUCAAAUUAUAAGGAUGGUGUGAACAGUGGAGUUCGUGCAGCCUGGUUCCUCACUGGAAAUUAUAACAUGAUUGCCGUGGAUUGGUCGAGAGGUCGUUCUCUGGAAUAUGCCUCGUCGGUAGCAGCGGUUUCUGCCACGGGAGCCAAAAUUGCUAAGCUUGUAGACUUUCUGGUAAAGGAAUAUGGCAUGUCCCUGGACACACUCGAGAUUGUGGGCUUCAGUCUUGGCGCCCAUGUUGCAGGACACACAGCAAAGCAAGUGGCCACUGGAAAGGUACAAAAAGUGGUGGGUCUUGACCCAGCGAUGCCCAUGUUGAGCUAUGAUAAGCCGGCAAAACGAUUGUCCAGCAAUGACGCCUUCUACGUGGAAACAAUUCAGACGAACGGCGGCACCUUGGGAUACACAAAGCCAAUUGGCAGAGCUGCCUUCUAUCCAAAUGGCGGUAAGUCCCAGCCUGGUUGUGGCAUCGAUUUAACCGGAGGUUGCUCUCACACACGUGCCGUGUCCUACUACGUUGAAUCGCUGAUGAUGAACAACUUUCCCAGCAUGAGGUGUCCUUCCUACGAGUAUGCCAUCAACAAGGACUGCGGCAGCACCUACAGCUCGGUUCGCAUGGGUUCGCUACAGAAUGAGUUGAUGGCCGUUGGAGAGUUCUAUGUGCCUGUGAAUAAGGAAUCACCCUACGGAUUGGGAGACACAAAUGAAAAUGGAAAUGACUCCACAACAAAUGCGCCUGGCGAAACAUCGACCUCGGGUUCUGAACCCUGCACGACUACGCCUGAAGAUGUUGAAACAACUGUAACUCCUACAGCAACAACCCCAGCGAAGGAAACAACAACAACGAGGCCAUCUGACGAUGACAAAGGAAAAGACCAUUCUACAAACAUUUAUAUCCUGAAUUUAAUAUUCGUAAAUUCCCAUGUCAACAAGCACGAGACAAAUUAAUCUGCAAUAGCAAAGAAGCAAAGGCUUCUUCAAUAAAGUCAAAAUGAAAUCGAA